AUGGCGGAGGCUGGGGACCUCCUUGUGCACGUUCGUCAACGUCUCGACGCGCUUUCCUACACUAAUCACUCUCAAUAUCUUCUUAGUCUAUUACAGUCCUCAUCCUUUGUACCAUCCGUUUCAACAUCUCGUGUCUCGUUCCCACCUCGUUGUCAGUCUCCUGCUGUACAUAUUACAAGUACAAAUCGAUCCCAUCCGUCAUGGUUGAGAUAUAUGGGUCUUACAGCUUUUUACAUGCGUCUUGUCUUGUUAUUAGGUAUGGGAUGGUUCCUUGCAAUGAUUAGUAUUUUUACAUUUUUGUACGCACUACCAGUCGUACAAGAUGACAACAAGGAGACGAAUAUUGUACGCACAAGUACUGCCCAAGCUAUUGUACUCUUAGGACUGUAUUUUUUAGGUGGUGCAAUUGGGUCUUUUGGGUUUGGAUUAUGUGCCGAUUAUUUUGGUCGAAAACCGGUAUUACUGAUUGCAUUAAGUUUAUGGGUCGUCAUAAGUUCUCUAAAUGCUGGUGCAUGGAAUUAUACGUCCUUUGUCAUUUUACGACUCAUCUCGGGCAUGUGCAUUAGUGGUCAAUUGGCUCUAUUAGCAACAUUAUCAUUGGAAUAUACACCUACAAGAACAAGAGGAAAAAUUACCAUCCUGACAAUCUCAAUGGCUGGACUUGGCGUUUUUUGUGGCAUUGGCUAUGGACAACUGUCAAUUGUACAUUUAGGCACAAAAGGACUUGGAUGGAGAUUAACAUACGGUGUCUUGAGUGCCAUUGUGCUCUCAUUUGUCGCAAUGCUUUCAAUGAUCUUAGAAGAAUCACCAAAAUAUCUAGCAAGUGUUGGACGGACCAAAGAAGCAUUUGUGAUUGUUGAAAAAAUGGAAACAGCUCAUGGAAUUAAUCGGCGUGCAAGAGUGACAGUUCCUACAAGUUUAUAUGAACCACCAUCACGACGACCACGAGUACGAUAUGAACGAUAUUUAAAUCGUAACUCCGAGUCGGAGAUGGAGCUGGAAAUGGGUGGUGGUCAUCUAAGGCCAGGAGCAGCAAAAGCACGCAGUCAAAGUCAACGUGCAUCAAGAAGAAGAUUACAAGGUCGACGUCAAUUUCGUGUUGCAUUGUGCACACCAAACGCUGGAAAUCAAGAAACGCGUUCAGAUGCACUCACUCCUAGUCCGAAUGCUACCUUUUGUGGAGCACUUACCCGUCGUGUAGUCACGCUUUUUUCAGGAGCACUUGCUGUGCGAACUGUGGUAAUUUGGUUUUAUUGGUUUGCACAGCUCACGGUCGUAGGUGCAGCUAUCGUGACGGUCUUCGUGAUGGCUGGAACUUCUAUGAAAAUCAACCACAUUGGAACAACAUUUCCCAUUGGAGAUCAGCUCUAUUGGUCUGCUAUGGCAUUUCUAGGUUUGUUGCUUGCUGCAAUGAUGGUAGAAAACAAAUCUAUAGGUCGUCGUGGUACAUUAGCGCUGUUUGUUUUUUGCGGAGGUGUCGUUAUGGUAGUGUCAGCCUUGCUGUUGGAGGAGGAUGGAGGCUGGAUAGGUCUAUGCCUGGCAUUGGGAGCAAUGGUGCUGACGACCGGCGGAACUCUUGGUGCGCUAAUUUCGUUCAGUGGGGAGCAAUUUCCACUUCUCACUCGAGCACUUGGCCUUUCAUGUGCUUUAGCAUGGGGUCACCUUGGAAUGUUUACAGGGCUUUAUCUUGUGCUUCACAGUGUAAUGGAUGGUGAAGCUUGGUCAUGGUACGAUGAGCGUGUAAUGCUAGCUGUAUGUGGUGGCGUAUCAAUUGUGCUGCUUCCUCUUAUUUUACUGAUGGGACCGGAAACACGCGGGCGAGAUAUUGAUGCUUCAUGGUUUGAAAACAGUGAGGCCCUACACGCUCUUGCAGGCGGUGUGCUCUCAGUGACGCCUGAUGGUCGGUCGGAACAAUCUACGCUAAGAUGUCGCGGCCCGGGCAACGACAGUAGUAACCGAGGCAACAAAGAUGUGGAGAAACGUGGUGAAAUCUCAGGUGAUAAUGAUGAGAAGCUACCGUACUCUCCGAUAGGUCCGGGCUCGAUAAACGGCAUGGCGAUGGUUUCUUCAGCGAUUUAUGCUCCGGCUUUUGCAGCGCCGACGGCGCAUGCUCUUGCAGAUCGUGAGUCAUCUUUGCGCUCUUCGUCGCCGUCGUCAAACUUAUGGCAAGCGCAUUCCGUGCAUCAUCUUGGCUGUAAAACAAGCUCUGCAGCACAAGCUGUCACCAGCAUGUCAGAUAAAAAGCAAGUAGCGUGUUGCUCGUCCAAUGGCAAACUGCGUGUGCCUAAUAGCGGUGAUUCGAGACAGAUGAAAGGCAGAAGUUUGAACAUCGAAGGCCAACGCGAUACCCGUCUUCCUGUGGACGAUCUUGAUCAGCUUGACAGUAUGGUCGUUGAGCACGAGUACCGCCAUCCGCGGCGGGAGACUGUGGCGGAGCCUGUGCUUCUGGAAUGGCGGCAUUCUUUUUCAAGUUCACGGUCAGGAUCUGAGCAGGAUCUAAGCAGCAGCAAGGUAGACAUACAGGAGCAUGGUCCUUUUGAAGACAAGGCUGCAUCUGUAAGUUCUACUGAAUUGGGGCGCUACACUAUCGACCUCGACAUGUUUGAUACAUUCACAUACAUUUCCACGCCGGUGCUAGGCGGUGACAACUACUCAGACCACGAGCAUCGUAAACUGAGCAAUCUUUCCUGCGUCGGUAGCAGCUGA